UGACGGCGCGCGCGGCGCAGCGAUGGCGGCGACGCUGGGCAGUUUGCUGCUGCUGCUGGGGCUCGCGGCGCGCGUGCCCGCGCCCGCCGCUGCCGCCAAGAUGAAGGUGGUGGAGGAGCCCAACUCGUUCGGGCUCAACAACCCCUUCCUGCCCCAGACCAGUCGCCUCCAGCCCAAGAGGGACCCUUCCCCCCUGUCUGGCCCCGCGCACCUCUUCAGGCUCGCCGGCAAGUGCUUCAGCCUCGUGGAGUCCACGUACAAGUACGAGCUGUGCCCCUUCCACAACGUGACGCAACACGAGCAGACCUUCCGCUGGAAUGCGUACAGUGGGAUCCUGGGCAUCUGGCACGAGUGGGAGAUCUCCAACAACACCUUCCGGGGCAUGUGGAUGAGGGACGGCGACUCCUGCCGUGCCAGGAGCCGGCAGAGCAAGGUGGAGCUCACCUGUGGGAAAAGCAACCGCCUGGCGCACGUGUCUGAGCCCAGCACCUGUGUCUACGCGCUGACCUUCGAGACGCCUCUGGUCUGCCACCCGCACUCCCUGUUAGUGUACCCGGCCCUGCCCACGGCCCUGCAGCGCCGCUGGGACCGGGUGGAGCAGAGCCUGGCUGACGAGCUGAUCACGACCCAGGGCCACGCGAAGUUGCUGAGGGCGCUCUUUGAAGAGGCCGGCUACUUAAAGCCCCCGGAAGAAGGUGACUCCGCGCAGGAAGGAGGCGCUAAGGGCCUGGUGUUCCAGACCCUGGAGACCUGCAGCGAGGCACACAAAGAACUGUCGAAGGAGAUCAGGAGGCUCCGGAGCGUGCUGACUCAGCACGGCAUCCCCUACGCGGAAACCACCAGCUCUGAGCACGUGGUCCUCAGGAGCCCCACGGACGGGACAGCCGAGCAGCUACGAGGCGACCCGGGACUGCGUGGGGACACCUUGUGACCUGAGCCCGGCCGCUCAAAGAGGCAGACAAAGUAAAGAUUCAAAGGUUUAAUUAAUUCCCAUACUGAUAAAAAUAAUUCCAUGAAUUCUGUAAACCAUUGCAUAAAUGCUAUAGUGUAAAAAAAUUUAAACAAGUGUUAACUUUGAACAGUUUGCUACGAGUAAAUGAUUAUGCAUUAUAAAUACUA